CCCCGGGGAAAAAUAAAAUCAGUCGAGGCGGCAAAACCGGUUUUCCGGUUCGAUCCUUUCGAACCGAACCGCCGUUUCGGUUUCUUCGUUUCAAGCGAGAGACGAAAAGCGCGCCGUUUACGGUGUGUGCGAGAGAAGUGUGCGUUGAAGAGAACCGCCCAACUCUCUCUCUCUCUCUCUCUUGUUCUGGCGUUUCCUCGUUUUAACCGAUAGCCAAGAAGCGUAGAUCGUGCUUGGGGAGAUUUGCCGCAUGUUCUUUCCUUCAGUUGGGUUUCACGGUCCGAGAACUUGCGAGAUCUUUGCUUUUCUCUGUCUUCAUCGGAGUUUAUCUAGAUCUGCACACCGCCUGUUCGGCGAAAUUCCUCACAGAGAUGAAAAGCUCGAGUCUUUUCGCCGAAUCUAUGCCUCAGGAGAGAAACUCACGAGUGCGCUUGUUGAUUUUUAUGCAAAGAGUGGUGCAAUGUUGGAUGCGAGAGAGGUCUUCGAUGGACUGACACAGCAUGAUCAAGUGUCAUGGACAUCUAUGAUAUCUGGUCUGUCCAGAAACGGGGACAGGAAAGGAGCUUUGUUGAUGUUCAAACGGAUGUUGGUGAGUUCUGUUAAACCCAAUUGCCAAACUUUCGUCGGCGUCAUGAGUGGGAAGACAGGGCCAGAAGAGGCAUUAGUGAAUGCUACGAUGCUCCACGCCCAGAUCGUUAAGCGUGGCUUUGAAUCCAACAGUUUCUUGAUCAGUACUUUGGUUGAUGUUUACUCGAAAUGUGGAAGAUUGGGUCAAGCUGAAGUCUUGUUUUAUGAUACAGAAGAGAAAGAGGAGGUUCUUUUCAACCCUAUGAUAUCCGGGUAUUGUUUCAAUGCUCGUUAUGAAAAGGGUUUGAGAUUAUUUGCUGAAAUGAGGGAGAGGAAUCUGUCUCCGAGUUAUCAUGCUGUAACAAGUGCCUUACAUGCAUGUGGGAGUAUAACGUUGCUGCAACAAGGAAGAGAAAUACAUGCUCUGUUAAUCAAAUUGGGCUCUGAAUUCAAUAUUUAUGUGGUUAGUGCCCUGGUUGAUAUGUAUUCCAAGUGUGGCAGCGUCGAAGAGGCCCGUCGUGCCUUUGAUCAAACAGUAGAAAAGAAUGCAGUGAUGUGGACUUCGAUGAUUUUGGGGUAUGCUCAGAAUGGAAAGGGACUCAACGCAUUAGAACUUUUCAAGAUUUGGAAGAAAGAAUGUGACUUCAGGCCAGACCAUGUUUCCUUCACUGCCGUAUUAUCGGCAUGUGUCCAUUCGGGUCUCGUGGAAAAAGGGUUAGAAUAUUUCGGAAUGUUCAAAAACGUUUACGGGAUAGUUCCUGAUCAAGAUCACUAUGCUUGUCUCGUCGAUCUUUAUGCUAGGAAUGGACAAUUGGAGAAAGCAAAGGAGUUGAUGGAGACAAUGCCACAGAAGCCAAACCAUUUCAUGUGGAGUUCGUUCUUGAGUUCUUGCAGGGAUUACGGUGAAAUCGAGAUUGCAAAGAAGACUGCAGACAAGAUUCUCUUGACUGAAACUCGAGAUGCUUCAUCGUACAUUGUACUAGCGAAUCUAUACGCAAGUGCUGGUUUGUGGGGUGAAGCAGCUGAAGUAACAAGAUCGAUGAAUGAACACAAAAUAAAGAAAAACGUUUCUGCAGGAAGCUGGGUUUGAUCAUUGACUGCAACACGCAAUUCGAUCUUUUUUUUUUUCUGAAUCUGCAGUGAAGAAGAGGGCACACACCUUGUUUCUUGAACUGAUCAGGACAUGAUUCUUGGACGCAAUAGCCUAAUAUGCCUUGUCGGUAAAUGCAAACAAAUCUCUGCUUCUAGUUCUUGUGGUUAGAUUAUAUAUUACAGUAGCACCAUUGUAAUGGAUUUAAUGUGAAAUUGUUAAUUAAGAAGAUUACAUUCCGAAAAAUAUUCUGCUUCGAUGUCCCAAAAAAAAAAGGAAGAAUAUUCUGCA